GAGGGGCCGCCGCCCGCGCGGCGCAGGCGGCGGGCGCUGGUGGUCGGCGGAGGGCUGGGCGGCCUCGCCGCUGCGCGCGAGCUGAGGCGCCAGUUCAGGGUGACCGUGGUGGAUGCCAAGGAGUACUUCGAGUUCGCCCCUGGCAUCCUGCGAGCCUUCGUGGAGCCGCGCCGCUGGGACUCCCUCACCUUCCUCUACAAGGACGUUCUCGAGGGCGCCUUCGGCGUCGGCUUCAUCUGGGGGGAGGUGCUGGCGAUAGACGGCGACCAUCGCGAGGCGCGGGUGAGGCCCGUGUUCGGGGGCUGCGAGGACGUGGUGCCGUAUGACUUCUGCAUCCUGGCCGUGGGCUGCGGGCUCGGGGGCCUGACGGCUGCCAGCGACACCCCGUGGUUGCCCAGGGUGCGCGCUGGUGCGGGGACCUCGCCCGGGGCCUCAUCGGUGGAUGAGCGCUUCCUCGAGGGCCGCAGGCGCCGCGUUCUCGAGGAGCACGCGGCGCUGCAGGAGCUGGGGCAGCAGCAGGCCCGGGUGCUCGUCGUGGGCGCCGGGUUCCUGGGCGUGGAGUGGGCGUGCGAGCUCAGACAUUUCGUCCCCGGGCUGCGCGUUACCCUCUGCGACUUUCUGCCAGGUUGCCUCGGCCCCCUGCCGCAGGACGCGGUCAGCUACUGCCAGGAGUACAUGGAGCGGCAUGGUAUCCAGACGCUGUAUGGCGUCCAGUAUGAUCCACUGAGCCCUCAGUUUCAGGGCUUCGAGCGGGUCUACGUCCUGCAGGGCCCGCGGCACUCGAACCACUUCAUGCCAGAGAGUACCCUCAGCGACUGGGGUCCCUCGGGCGGCGGCUGGAUACUCGUCAACAGGUACCUCCAGGUGGUGACGCGCGAUUGCGAGAGGUGGGGGCACGGCCUCGUGUUCGCUGCGGGCGACUGCUCCAUCGGGUCUGCGGUCGCGGGGCGCCGCGGCGGCGACGAGGCCCAGCGCCAAGCCACCGAGCGGCGCGCGAUGCCGAAGACUGGCCACUCCGCGGAGCAGCAGGCGAUACAGGCGUGCCGUAACGCGUGCGUGUUGGACCGGCACUGGUACGGCGGUCCUUCCUGGUGCUGCGGGUGCUUCCCGGUGCCUGGCUGCCUGGGCUCCCGGUCGUUGCGGCCGGCAUGGUACCACGGGGGGUCGUCGAUCUUCGCGGUGUCGAUGGGCCCGCAGGAUGGCUGCCUUGUCGUGGGCCUCCUGCCCCACAAGCGCGGCUCCGGGCGGGUGAUCUCCGUGGGGCUGCUGGCAGCAGCGCAGAAGGAGCUGAUCGAGACUACCAAACUGGCGCACUGCCAAGGGGGUGCGAGGCCUGGAGGAGGCGCGGGACGGGCGCCGCCGGCGGCCUCUGCGGUC